AUGAACCCCAAGUUCGAGCCAUUGCAAAACGAUUUGCUGCUCCGUGCAGCUCGCGGCGAGGUCGUUGAGCGUCCACCUAUGUGGGUUAUGCGACAAGCUGGUCGCUACCUACCCGAAUAUCAUAAAGAAAAAGCUGGUCGUGAUUUCUUCGAAUGCUGCCGUGACCCCGAAAUAGCCUCGAACCUGACUCUCCAGCCAAUUGACCGCUACGCCGGCCUCAUCGACGCCGCUAUUAUCUUCUCGGAUAUUUUGGUCAUCCCUCAGGCCAUGGGAAUGCUCGUAGAGAUGGUUGACAAGAAGGGUCCGCAUUUUCCGGAGCCUCUUAAGACUCCGGAGGAUGAGCAGUACGACAUGGUUAUGGAGCGCAACGUCGACGUCGCCGGGGAGCUUGGCUACGUCUACAAAGCCAUCACGCUCACACGCCAAAAGCUCCAGGGUCGUGUACCCUUGAUCGGCUUCUGCGGCGCACCAUGGACGCUGUUCUGUUACAUGGUCGAGGGUGGCGGUACCAAGCUCUUUGCUCAGAGCAAGACGUGGAUCUACAAGUAUCCCGAGGCUACCAAGAAGCUGCUGGCCAAGAUUGCGGAUAUUUGCGUGGAUCACUUGGCGCUUCAAGUCAAGGCAGGCGCUCAACUGGUGAUGGUGUUUGACUCGUGGGCCGGUGAGCUUGGACCGGAUUCGUUCAGCAAGUUCUCGGAGCCAUACCUUGGGUACAUCGCACAGAAACUGCCAGGGAAGCUCAAAAGCCUCGGUCUUGAGCCCAUACCCAUGACUGUAUUCCCCAAAGGUGCCUAUCAUGCUCUGGACAAGGCUUGCAAUCUCGGUUACAAUGUUGUUGGCCUUGAUUGGCUCCAUGAUCCGGCUGAGGCCGUCAAAAUCCGAGGCGACCGCAAUGUCGUCUUUCAGGGGAACGCUGAUCCUGGCGUUCUAUAUGGAACAGAGCAGGAAAUCACCGAAGCGGUUCAGCGCACUGUGGAUGGGUUCUGGGCCGGUAGAAAGAAGGGUUGGAUCGCUAACCUGGGACACGGCAUCACUCCUGGUGUCAACCCCGAGAACCUGAAACACUUUUUCGAAGAGAUUCACCGUCUCACCAAGGAGUGA